AUGCCGCUCUGUCUCACCUUCAUCGACUUAAAGAAGGCCUUCGACUUGGUUGAGACGGAAGCGGUCGUGGAAGCCUUGGACAACCAAGGCAUCCCUACUCAGCACAUAAAGAAUGAUACAAGCUCACCCAAAAUAUUCAAAGCCACCCUCGAGAACGCAAUGCGAAAGAUGGAAUGGGACGACAUGGGGGUGAAGGUUGAUGGUCGGCAGCUACAUCAUUUGCGCUUUGCUGAUGGCAUCGUAGUGAUAACACCCAGCAUCAGCCAAGCGGAACGAAUGCUGACCGAAUUCGACGAAACAUGUGGAUGCAUCGGUCUUCAGCUGAAUCUACAAAAGACGAUGUUCAUGCGGAACGGAUGGGUCUCGGAUGCCCCAUUCACGCUCAACGGAACGAACAUAUCCGAAUGCACCAGCUACGUUUAUCUGGGUCGGGAACUGAACAUGAUGAACGACCUGACCCCCGAGCUGGGCAGGAGGAGACGAGCGGCUUGGGGAGCGUACAAGAGCAUCGAGGAUGUAGUGAAGAAGACCAGGAACACCCGGCUCCGUGCUCACCUCUUCAACACCACCGUACUUCCUGCUUCGACCUAUGCUUCGGAAACCUGGGCAUUUCGCAAGCAGGAAGAAAACGCGGUGAGCGUCAUUGAACGCGCAAUUGAGAGAGUGAUGCUAGGAGUAUCCCGUUUCACGCAAGUGAGGGACGGGAUUCGAAGUUCUCUCCUACGUCAGCGAUCGAAGAUUAGAGACGCCGCGUUUGCCAAGGAAAGUAAAAUAAGGUGGGCCGGACACGUGAUGCGCUUCAAUGACAACCGUUGGGCCAGAUCCGUGAGCGAUUGGGUUCCCCGCGAUAUUAAGCGCACUACAGCAAGACCGCCGACUCGAUGGUCAGAUUUCUUCACGAAGUCCUUGAAAGAAAAAUAUGAUGCUCUUCGUGUCGCACGCGAAAGGAGGAACCACUGGGCUACUCUGGCACGCGAUCGGGACAAAUGGAAGAAUUACUGGCGCCCGCUCGACCAGUUCGAAGAUCAGCGGGAGUCAAGCCUUACAACGACUCGCGGGAGCGAGUCGAGUCAGGUAGGUGUUCUCAUCCUCGCAGACAAGUCUUUACCAGUUUGUCGUGCCCUGAAAGGAGAUGACGGCAUCGUCGUAGCAGUGGCAAGUGCUGGGCCAAAACCAACAGCAAUCCAAUUUCUGGAGAUAUUCAAAAGAAAGAUCAAAAUCACUCGCGAAGAUGUUGAGAAGAAUGAAAGCAACGAUUGGUCGGCAUGGAUGAACGGCACCCAUGAAGAAAUUGGCGAAAACGAAGUCGCUUAA